AUGCAGAAAAUAGUGAUUGUGGGCGCAGGCCCUGUCGGCUCGCUGGCCGCACUCUACGCUGCCAUGCGAGGCGACCAAGUUGAGCUCUACGAGCUCAGAGGAGAUCCGCGUGACGCUUCAACCGUUCCUCUAAACUUCACAAAGUCCAUCAACCUCGCCAUAUCUGAACGUGGCCUGAACGCCAUGAGAUCCUCCAACCGCCCGGGUUUCGUCGAGAGCGUGUUAAGUGAGGCGAUUCCAAUGACUGGCCGUAUGAUCCACGGACGUGGCCCUACUGGCCGCUUAUGGGAAGCAUCCCAAGCUUACGACGUCCAUGGAAGGUACAUAAAUGCCAUUGAUCGCGGGAAGCUCAAUGCAACUCUACUUGACGAACUCGAGAAAGAGCCAAACGUCAAGUUGUUUUUUAACCAUAAGCUUACAGGCGCUGAUUUCGCGAACAAGAAGGCGUGGUUUGAGCGAAAGAAUCCCGAUGAUACUCCUGGUUUCAGGUCCACAUUAAGCGACGAUGACAAGGCUAUCAAUGUCACUCGAGCUCCAGAGCUAGAGGUACCAUUCGAUCUUCUAAUAGGUGCUGAUGGCGCUCACUCGGCUACAAGAUUCCACCUCAUGAAAUAUGUCCGUAUGGACUAUCAGCAAGAAUAUAUUGACACUUUAUGGUGUGAAUUCCGCAUCCAACCUUCCGAGGAUAACCAGUUCCAAAUAUCUCCGAACCAUUUGCAUAUUUGGCCCGGCGGCGAUUUUAUGUUCAUCGCGCUUCCAUCUCCAGAUAAAACGUUUACCUGCACACUAUUCGCCCCCUCCAAGCACUAUGAAGCUCUGGAAAAAGAUCCAAACAGCCUAUUUGAAUUCUUCCAAUCUCAUUUCCCAGGUGUCUCCCCUGAGCUGAUCCCACCAGAAGCUCUGCUCGAUCAGUUCAACACCAACCCACAUCUCCCCUUGAUCGGCCUCAAAUCCUCUCCUCAUCAUUUUGGUUCCAGUGUCGUCAUAGUUGGCGAUGCCGCCCACGCUGUUGUCCCAUUCUACGGUCAGGGGCUUAAUGCCGGCCUUGAAGACGUUCGAGUUCUCUUUGAACACCUAGACAGCCAUGGCGUUUAUCAGGAGACUAAUAAAGACAACCAAGAACCCAUUGCGGACCGUCGUGCCGCGGCUCUGGAUGCGUAUAGCCGUCAGCGAGUGCCAGAUGCCUAUGCAAUCAACCACCUCUCAAGAAACAACUUCAUCGAAAUGAGGGCGGGAGUAAGGUCACCAGUAUACAGGCUUAGAAAGUCUCUUGAAGAGGCCCUCUAUAAGUACUUACCUGGACUCGGUUGGUCCACCCAAUACGCGCGCGUUAGCUUUGGUAAUGCACGCUAUUCGGAGGUGGAGAAGGCCACGAAGCGCCAAACAGAUGUCCUCACCAGAGCAAUGGUAACGACCUUUGUUUCUUUUAUCGGAUUCACCAGCAUCGGUCUAUGGAAAUGGCAAUGGUCUAGAGAUCUGAUUACUCGAACACUACAUACUGCAGUUCGAUUCGUUAGGGGAACAGACAAUGUGUAA